AAUUGUAAAAAAUCGGCUUCUACGUAAACUACUAAUAGCUGGUGUUUAUGAAUGAAAAAUUAGCUAUUAGAUAUUUGUGUAAUAAAAUGAGUUGCAUACGUUGAAACAUCCAAAGGCAGCCGGCUAUUAAGAACUAUGGGAUAUUAAGCAGACCAAAGAAAAUUUAGUGUGACUUAAAAAAAAGUUUUUAAGUGAUGUGAAAAUUUUCACAAAGGUAGAGAGGGUGGACAUAUCGUGUAAAUUGAAUGUUACAGUAGUAUUGACUCUUUAUUUCUGGCAUGUACUUACACAUCAUUUAUAAACGCAACUCCUCUAAUACAACACCAUAAUGCUGGUCGCAACACCAGGGCAAACAACGACGUAUUCUCUUCUCGGCAGUAGUGCGCCCAAGAAGACAUGUCUUAUUAACUCAUCUGCAACACCAAAGAGCACCAUCAACAACUCAACUGCAUCGACUACUAACAGCAACAACAGCAGUAACACAGCCGCCACGCUAAUGAAAACAAUCCAAGUACGACUCAAUCGUGGCACUGAAUUUUUAAAAGAUACUGUGCAGAAAGCGCUUAUCAGUAAUACCACCAAUCCUAUUAACACAACCACCAAUACAUCAAGCAUUAGCUUUCGCAACAACAACAACAAAAUUAAUAUAAACUCCUCUGUUGUUGGCACUAUAAAACCUAUUCAUGCAUCAUCAGCUGUCGCAUCAGUUCCAGCAAGAACUACUUUAGUUGGUAAGUCUAUUUAUACUACAGAUUUGUCUGUAGCUCCCUCAACAUCAAGUUGUGCAAUUGUGAGGACGUCAAUUGCAGCAAACACUUCCAAAUCACUAAAGCUGAAUACCGUCCCGCCCACCAAAAUACAUCGCUACCCACAAGAGCGCCAAGAGACCAGCAGCACGGACAGUAUCAAUAAAGAGAUGUGCCAUUUCAAGCCAAUUUUGCCAGCACCAACUUUACGUUGGAAGUGUGGUAGCAAGUCACGAGGCGGUGCAUCUAUAAAAAUUCCCGUAGCAUGUUUAGCAACGAAUAUUAAAAACUUGAACUGUGAUGAUUGUUCGAAGUUGGUUGAAGAUAGCAGUGAAGGUGAGCAAGAAGACGAAGCCAUGGGGGUGGAGGAUACAAAACAUCCGCACAAAUAUCAUCUUUUCAAGCCAAAUCCAAGUUCUACCUUAUUGAGUACGAUCAUAACUGCACCAUCGCAUCAAUCUGCAUUCGUUCGUCUGGUCGCACAAAUGAAGACUCUGGUCAAUAUACGUCAAACACCGUGUGAAAAACCACACAAAUCUGCUAAAAAGAAGGAUCAGUAUAAAUCACGGCACACGGCACGUCGUGGCCGUACAAAUGCGGCGCUAGCUUUGAAAAUGCAACAGUUACGCAAAUCGCCAAUCAGUUUGCCAUUGACGCAACUUUUAUUACGCAGUCGCAAACCGUCAUUUGUGCAAGUAAAUAAACUAAAUUUACCCACUGAGCUGAUUGUGAAGAAAAGUCGAACAGCCACCGCAAAAGCUAAUCCCAUAACUACCAGCAAGGCAACCAAUGCAGUUAAAGACAAAAAAAGAACGGCCGCUAUUUCCGUACAAGUAGAUUCCAAGAAAGGCAAGCGUAAUACCUCCAAAUCAAAUGUAAUCAACAUUGUAGCGUUUGCGCAGGACAAAAACGCUACACAAAAUGUCAAAAGGAAUCUUCAAACAAGCAAAAGUAAAGUCACUACUAAUGUUGAUGAAAGCCCUGCUGUAGAGACAAAAUACCAGCAACGUAAACGGAAACAUGUUGAUGAACUAUGUGCGGCAAAUGAAGUUGUUGGAUCGGAAUUACAUGAGUUGAGAAAAACUAGUUCGACCGAGGCAAGCAUUAUACCACCAUUGCGCAAAAGUGCUAGACUUUCAAAAGAUGGCAACAACGAGCUUUUGACAAUAGGCACUGUUAAACGUAUUACGCUUAGGAAACGUAAUACACGUUACACGCAGCAACGUUCUGUCGAUACCUUUUCGCCGCCAAUGACACGUUCACGUCGGAAAGAACUGAUGCAAAUGAUGGACGGCAACUCACAGCUUAUUGUCUAAGCCAUGUUAAAUGGCAGCAUAUUUAAAAACCAACAAGAAUAUGGAAUAUUUUUUUGUGGCUAUUGUGCAUUGUAUAUGAUUAUACUAUCACUGUGUAAAGGACUGGAAAUAUGAGUGCACUGGAAAUAUGAAGCAAGAUCGCAAAGGUAUGCCAGUAAUUAAGAGCUAUUGCUUUUUCAUGCGUCAAAAUUGUAUUGUUUUCAAAUGAUUGAUUUCUUUUUCUCCUUUUUAAACGUGACAUAAAAUGUUUUUUACUAAAACUGUAAAUUGCACAGUUAGCUCACUGAUUCCUACUGGCUCAUUGUGAUAGUGGAUAAACACUAUAAUCUACUACCAUUUGUAGUAAGAAUUUAUGCACUACUAUUUUUAUUUUAUCUGUAAUAAAUCAUAAAUGAAUCACUUAAGUCUUAUUUUUGAUACAAAUCCAAUUGGAAGAGUGAGGCCUAAUAUGUAUGUAUGUAUGUUAUAUAGUGGGAUGUAUAGUAAUUAUAGUUGUAAUUUUUACACAAAAUAUAUAUUUUUUUUUACUUUUUCUCAACAAAUUAAACUAACGAAUUUGGUGAAAAUUCAAAAAAAAAAAUUGUGAUUCAUUGUGUGCUUUUUCCCACUUUGUUUUGAAUUGUUUCUCAAAUACCUAUGUUUUUUGUUUCAAAUAGUUUGAUACCAGUGAAAAAAAAAAUCGUGUACUUUCUAUCCUAAUAAGAGAUUGCGCAUUUCCUUUUAUGCCUUUGCUAAUAUUAGUAAAUUUCCGACACAAGUUUUAUAAACAUACAUAUUAUAUAUAGGGGUUUCUUAUAGUCUCAUAAAGUUAUACGUUAUGACGAACCCAAAACAUGACGUUGAGAAUUGUAAUUGCCCAAACUCCUUUUUAUAUGUAAUCCAACAACAAUUUUUUUUUAAACAAGUGUAAAAAUUUAUCAUUUCAUGAUUUCACGAUGGGUUAUUAUUUUAUUUAUUAUUGACAAGAAAAGGGUAUAAAAUUUGCCUACCAAAAUAGAAAUAAACUCAAAUUCACUGUAAUUUCUCAAAAAAAUUAAUCAUUUAAAUUUAUUUUAUGUGCAUUAUUAGUUGAGAAUCAACAAAGUAUGUGAAAAAGUUUAGAAUCUCAGAAUAUAUAUGUAUGUACAUGCAUAUAUUUUUUAAUUGAACAAAGAAUUGGGUAAAUUUUCUCAGAAUUGAUUUAGCUCAAUAGAAUAUCAAUUGCAGCAUUCUAUAAAUAUAAAGAAGAAACUUAAGCAUAAUUUAUUUAAAUAAAAAUUGUAUGUAAAUGUACAACAAGCACUCCAUAAUAAUUUGAUAAAAAUACUCAAAUUUAAUUCAGUUUAUUCAUAUACUUUCUUUAAUUUAUAUAAAGAUUGUAAUAUAUGUAUCACAUAUUUCAAAACUAACACCAAUACUUGUAAUACUUGAUAAUAUAAAAGCUUCUAUGCGCUUUUGUGUUCGCGUCUGCGGUUACUUAUGCGUCCUAUUCACUCAGCCUAUGUUUCAUAUUUGUACGUUCUUCAUUAUUGUAUUGAUUUAUGUUUGUAUGAAUUAGUUAUUACGUAAUCGUAUGCUGUUUGAUGGGAAGUGCACUCAACAAAUAAGUAUUAUAAACAAUAACCAAUUAAAACAUUUUAUAAUAUUUAGAUUUGAAGAAGGAAUAAUAAACUGCCAAUGUGCAGAUCAACACUCCAGAUGUAAUAUUGUGUAAUGCAUCUAAAAAAUAACAAAAAUUAAGUAAUGUGUAUCAAAUAUUUGUAUGUAUGUAUGUUUAUUAUAAUGUCCGUUAUUUCCAAGUUGAUCUGAAUGAUUUGCUUUUUCUAAAAACGUUCCAUUAAAAAGUUUACGGAGUUAAAGUUAUGCAUCAAAUGUACUAUACUCAUACAGGGCACUUGCUUAAUGCAAAUUUCAAAAAAUUUCAUGUUACAAGAAAUAGGAUUUAGGCAAGCUUUAAAUUUGAAAUAAAGAGCUUGUUUGACAGUAAAUCCUUUAUUUUUAGGCAAAAACGGAAUCUUUAGGGAAAGCGUGCAAAAAAAGAACAAGCAAUCAACUUGAGAAUUAACGGACACCCUAAUGUUUAUAGUUAUAUAUAAACAGACCUCAUUUAGUUAUAACGAUUUUGCCACAUUUACAUACAUGCUCUGCUAUAGUUGAAAAGCAGCCAUUAGGUAAAAAUCCACUUUUAUUUUGUCUGAAAUUAACUACUUAGUUUUUUUAUUAUUAUAUAUGUAUGUAUGAGUAACAACAAUAAUUUUUAACGUUUAAUUUCUUAAAAAUAAAAUACCAAUGUAUACAUAUGUACUACAGUACAUAUGUUUAAAAUUAUUAAUUUAAGUGGCGUUCAUGCGUUGUUUUAAGUGUAGUAGUUGGUGUGAACGUCUUUAAAUAAACAUUCAAAAGAAAAUUUAACACUUUAUUACACACAAAAGCAAACCAAUGAAACGCUUGUAAUACUACAUAAGAACAAAAAUAAAUGCAGAAACAUGUGUGUUGUGAUAUUUAAACUUUUUAUUGCAAACAUGCUGACAUACACUAACUUUCGAAUAAGGAGAAUCUAUAUAAGGCGUGCGAAAAUGUAGGAAUAAUCAAUUUCUAAACAAAUGAAACUGUAUAUGAAAAGUGUUCUGAUUAAUUGGAGAAUGCAAUGUGCGGAGAGAACAAGUCAGUAAUAUGAAACAAGAAUAUUAUAAGCCAACAAAAUAUGAAUGACAUGUAAUUUGAAGAUUAACAAAAAAUAUAAUAAAACUUAGCGUAACGUAUUACAUACAUACAUAAUAUAUUUAGCAACUACAAUAACAAAUAUGAAGAAAUAUUACAGAAAUUGUAAACAAAAUACCACAAUUACCUAUAAUUACAAUUUGAAUUGCAAUUACUACAUAUAAAUUAUAAACUUAAUAAAAUCUAUGAUAAAAAAUACA